CCCACCAUUGGCUAGGUUUACGGUACUCAGCUGCUCGAUCAAUCUAGGAAACGGUAUACGUGAUGACCGAAGGCAUGUGAAGAUAUGUCCAAAACAGUUCCCACGCACACAGAGGGCCAACGUUCCCGACAAACGCCCAGUGCAUCCGACGAGGCACGCAACAGCGAGCGACUCAAUUUCAACCACGUCGAUUCUUUCGCUGAGCACCACCGCUUGACUCAUCACCUGGACACUUUUCGACAAGCCGCUGCACUCCUUCUUAGCGACAGCGAUGUGGACAAUGUCCCAGGCCUCAGCGCGCCCGAGGUGCAGGCACUGCAUGAUGAGGGCAUACGAAAAUGGCGCCAACCACGAAUGUUCUACUUCACCGUCCUCGUUUGUUCGAUUGGCGCCAUUGAGCAAGGCUGGGCCCAGACGGGUAUGAAUGGUGCCAAUCUCUAUUUUCCUCAGGCUUUUGGUAUAGGGUCGGAUAGCAAGCAUGACAAUUUCGUUGUCGGCCUCAUCAACAGUGGCAUCUAUUUGAGCACUGGACUGUUGGGUGCUUGGUUGUCUGACCCCAUCAACAAUCGUCUUGGCCGCCGCGGCGCAGUCUUCGUCGGCAGCGUCCUGUGCCUGAUCGCCAAUUUCGGCUCGUCCCUGAGCAGGACUUGGCCGCAGCUACUUUUUUUUCGAUUCGUUCUCGGUGCCGGCCUGGGCAUCAACGCCAGCACCGUUUCCGUCUAUGCGGCUGAAUGCGCGCCAGCUGCUAUCCGUGGCGGCAUUGCUGUUUCCUGGCAAAUGUGGGUCGCUUUCGGCAUCUUUAUGGGCUUCGUCGCAAAUGCCGCAGCAUACAGCUAUGGCGCUGAUGCAUGGAGGUGGCAGCUCGCUGGACCCGUGAUACCAACCGUCCCUUUACUCAUCAUGCUACACUUGUGUCCUGAGUCUCCGGCUUGGUAUAUCAAAAAUGAACGAUAUCAGGAGGCUUUUCAGUCGCUUUACAAGUUGCGUAAUACUGAGCUACAAGCGGCCAGGGACGUAUAUUCCACGUAUCUUCAGCGGCGUGCACAAAAGAAGGUUGAGGAAAGCGAAAGCCCAUCUUUCGUCCGUAAAAUUAUGGAGCUUGUUACUAUUCCACGGAUUCGACGAGCUACAACUGCUUCAUACGUGGUCAUGCUAUCUCAGCAGUUAUGUGGCAUCAACAUCAUUGCAUUUUAUUCGUCCACGAUUUUCGCGCAGGCUGGCUUUUCAAUGUUGGGUGCUUUGGUGGCUUCCUGCGUAUUUGGCUUCGUCAAUUUCAUCGGAGCAUUCCCAGCGAUAUGGACAAUGGAUAGCCUCGGUCGACGUUCGUUGCUGCUUCUGACGUUGCCGCUGAUGGCACUUACCAUGCUUUUCGCCGGCUUGAGUUUCAGCAUACCCCCAGAGAACGCAGCUCACUUCGGGCUCCUCGCGACUUUGAUCUACCUGUUUUGUGCACUGUAUUCGCCUGGGAUGGGACCCGUGCCGAAUACUUACUCUGCGGAGGUUUUCCCUCUCUCACACCGUGAGGUAGGCAUGUCUUUCGCUGUCGCCACUGCGAACUUCUGGGCUGCAGUUCUGUCGCUGACCUUUCCCGGGUUUGUGACGGCCUUGGGGUCGCAAGGGGCAUUUGUCUUGUACGCCGUCCUCAACAUUCUUGCGCUGGUGCUAGUGUUUCUCUUCGUUCCCGAGACAAAGCAGAAGACUCUGGACGAGUUGGAUGGCGUCUUCUCCGUCUCGACACGGACAUUCGUCAAGUACCAGACGACCGAAUACCUGCCCUGGUUCGCAAAGCGCUAUAUCUUGCGGCAAAAAGAGGCGGAACUGAAGCCACCUGCGUUUGGAGAGGAAUAUGAGCGGUUAGUGGGACAGGACGAUGAUGAUGAUGAUGCGACAUCGUAGGACAGUAGCCUCAAAUAGAUUGCUCACUCGAUCAUCGACCCUAAGAAGAGAGCCGAACUUCAGUUGUACGAUUUCAUGUUGCUGGGUCAGAACUUCAAUGCACUUUCCAGUCUGACACACACUGAAUGGAAUUAUACAUCGGACUAUGCCGAUAUCACGCCCCGUGCGUCUCCA